AUGGCCAACCAACCCCUGUUGCCAGAACCAAAAGGAAGUGGGUUCCAUGUGGUUUGGCUCAGGAACUCUUUUGGAUAUGACUUCUUGGGUCUGUCAGAUUUCAAAGCCAGCAAAAUAAUCCAGGUGCAAAAAGAAGCCAAAACUGGGGGCUGGGGUUUGAUGUUUGUGGAACAAAGACUUUCCCGCGGUGACACUUGCACAUCUCAGCGCCAGUCGCUAACCAACCGCUUGUCGAGGAGGAGAAUCUUUGAGUUUUCUUGGAUGCACAGUCUUGCCAAUCAGCAUGAAUUGCAGGGUGGCCAAUACACCAUGUUCAUCUUUUUCCUCACCAAGAGAAAUUUUAAAGAUAAGUUUCAGUUAAUAUGCCCUGACAUUCAUGAACUGGCUGCCCAGGUAACUACAACUUCGAAAAAGCAGAACAAUAAUCCGAACUGUCGGGUUUCCCGCUGCGGCUCACUUGACGAGACGGGGUACAGAGUACGGAGUACAAAGUUAGUUAGUCUAUCGCGGCAAAGGCGUGCGGAAAAGAGGUUUUCCGAACUGAAUCAUCCUCGGUGGCGGCAAUUUUGCCCGCGCUCGCAAAACAUUUUUGAAAGUUGGGACGGAAUCGUACGGAACCCCAAGUACUUUUUCAUCAUCCCUUCACAUCUUGAAAUUUGCACAGUCCUGAAGUUUGAUAUGGCGGUACAUCUUGGGGCAAUAUAAAGACGACAACCCGUGAUAGAUAUGCCGAAAAAGGGGACUGGAUUUCCUAAACCUGGAUUAGCUCCUCUAUGAUGCAAUUUCUAAUGCGAACCACCUCGCGAUUCCGUUCCAUGCGAUUGUACGACCAGCUCCUACAAAAGGGAUCCAAGCCGAUAGUGGCAAGCACCGACGGGCGGGAGAGUACCAGCUCAACUGGUGAACUCCCCUGUAGCCCGGAGGAAAGAAUUAUUUACGAUUUCUAUAGCUACCUAUUUACCCAUAGCAACAUUUAUUGUUGAGAAGAUAUAACCUCAGAGGCCGACGAUUGUGGGGUAAUGAGGGAACUGAUGAUAAUGCGCGGGAGUCGGUGGCUCGUUACAUCAUAUCGUGUAUAUAACUAUGAAUGCAUGUUCAUAUAUAGAUA